AUGGCUCAGUCAUGUGAACAAAGAUGUGGAGGAAAAGAUGUAGAUACAUUUGAAGAAGGCUUCAGAAGUAAAUUCAACAGAACUAAUGAGAAACUGGAUGUGGGUAUCAGAAAAAAAGAAAGCUUUUUAAGCUUCCAACAUCAGUGGUGGCUAUCUGUAGAAGUUGGCACCUUUUGUCAUGUUGCAAAGCAUGAAACUGGUCCUGGAAUCAGAGGGAGUGAAAAAGAAGUAGAAAAAGAACUGAAGGAGUUGUGGUCCAGCUGGUGGCCACGCCAAAAAAGACUCGCAGCCUUCCUCAAGAAUGCCUGGGACAAGGAGCCGGUGCUGGUCGUGUCCUUCACCAUCGCGGGUCUCGCUGUAAUUCUGCCCUCGUUAAGCCCCUACACCAAGUAUGCCUCCAUGAUCAAUGCGGUCACCCCCUACAGCUACCCAGUGCCCCUCCGAGAUGAUGGGAACAUGCCUGACGUGCCCAACCACCCCCAGGACCCCCUGGGUCCCAGCCUGGAGUGGCUGAAGAAACUGUGA